UCUGUCAAUCGCUGCGUUUAUCUCGUUUGUCGCUGUCAAAGUCUGCAAGCAACUCCGGUGCUUUCGUUCUUUCUCUUCCGGGCAGUGUACCGAACCGUAUUGACACAUUUUGCCAAGAUGUUCAUGCCAAAAGCGCACCGCGUCGCAAUCUACGAGUACCUCUUCAAGGAGGGUGUGCUGGUAGCACAGAAAGAUUUCUACGCUCCCAAGCACCCGGAGCUGGAGAACAUCCCGAACCUGCACGUUAUUAAGACGAUGCAAUCGCUCAAGUCGAAGAACUUCGUGAAGGAGCAGUUUGCCUGGCGCCACUACUACUGGUAUCUCACCAACGAGGGCAUUGAGUAUCUGCGGGCGUACCUGCAUUUGCCGGCCGAAAUCGUGCCGUCGACGCUGAAGCGAGCGGCCCGCUCGGAACCGCAACGUGCCCGAACCCAGGCUGGACCCCGUCCGGAAGGUCCGAAGACUGGCGAGGAUAGACAGGCGUACAGACGCAUGCAGCAGGCGGCUCCGGCUGACAAGAAGGGUGACGUAGGCGUUGGUGCCGGCGAGCUAGAAUACCGUGGUGGAUUCGGUCGCGGUAAUCGUAUGUAAAUGCUGCCUCUACACACAACAUCCCAACAAUCAAUCGUGGGCUAGUUCGCCUUUAGCUUUAAUUACAUCGGAGGAUGCGCUGUUUUUAUUUCGUGGGGGGGCAUAAACAGAUCCCCACGAGUGCGCAAAACGCAUAAUUUCAAAGAUACAGUGGCUGGUUUAACGCGUGGUGUAUGGUUAAUGUUUAACACUAUUACCACUACCCAGCCGUGCUGCUAGCGAUUGUCGCAACAUUACUUUUUCCUUGUAUUGCAAAUAAUGGUCGUGAAAAGAUUCUUCGAUUAAUAAAGGCAAGACGAACUGGCAGAACUCUAA